UCUCUCUUUCUUUGUCUGAUCACUGAGGUUAAGUCUGAUGUCCUGAGAUCACCCCCAUUGGCUUUGUUUUACCUGGUAUUGCAUAUGGCUCAACAGGAAGAGGGAUGGCCUCUUGGUCUGCAACCUGUGAAUGUCAGGGUUGGGCUGGUGAGAAGUCGAGAUUUUUCGGGAUCAGUAUCAUUCAACACUUUGCUCAGUGGGUCUCCUAGUGCCUCAACUGAUUCUUCAUCGGAUUUGGACACUGAGUCCACAGGAUCUUUCUUUCAUGACAGAAGCACCACACUUGGGAGCCUUAUUGGUGUCUCUAACAUUGUAAAUCUCUCCAGAAGAUCAAUAAGAGGAAAAAAUCCAGAAACCAUAGAAGGCACGAAGACCUACAGACCCAAGACUUGGUGUUUUUCACUAUGCCCAAGGGACAGUACUGAUGCUAAGAGUGUGAACAAAAACACUCCAUCACUUGGUCACUUCCUUGCAGUGGAGAGAAGAGCAGCUAAUGAACAUAGAAUGAGCUAUAGCCCUACAAUUUUUGUGCCCGAUGAACUUGCCCUGGCUCAGUCUGAUGCACAACCGAACUCACUAUUUGUCGAUGGCUGCAUUGCUCCUCCUCAAUCAAGUCCAUUAACCAGUUCAGAUGCUGAAAGAAGACAGAGCAGAGGAUUAGAGCAUGGUGAUGGGUAUGGAGUUGCAGGGCUGUUUCCAUGCAUGUGUGGACAACCAACUUCAUAACUAAGAAUGUUUCAUAUAUGUUGUGUGUCUCACAAAUUGAUGAUUAAAUUUGUGUUCUACGAGGUUUUUAGUUGACAUAUUUGUUGUGCUUUGGGGAGGAAUUCCAUUUUUCCUGUACUGUUGCUUCACAAAUCUCUACUAAAUCCUCUACUAGCAGAAGAAAAGGUUAUCUUCCAG